AUGGCGAAGCGCCGCGUCCGCGUCAAUAAGAGGAAAGUCAUUGAUAGCGACGAGUCGGACCAAGGCAAGAAGCCUAGACGAGCCAAGAUGAAGAUGAAGAAGGUCAAACGCUCGACCAAAAUGCUGGAAACGCCACCGCCGCCUCCUCCUGUUAAGCCCAAGCAGACAGCAGCGCAAGCAGUGAAGAAAGUGGCGGCUGCAGCCAAGAAAGAAACCAAGCGGAAUGGAAAUACGUCGUUGCUAGUGAAGGACGAAGCGUCUGACGCUCAUCGACGGCCUAUGAAGCAGCAGAAACGCGCCAAUAUGCAAGUAAAUGCUGAGCGAAGGCAGGCAACGGUCUCGUAUAGCGGCGUGCCGUCGACUCACACGUUGGACAACUUUUUCGACGAGAUUUUGGAGUGGAAAUUUUACGAGGCAUUGAAAAGAGAAGCGCAGGGCAGUCACGCGCUCAAUACAGCGAAUGACGGGUCAGAGGAAGGCGAGGUGGAGAUAGAAGUUGAGAAGGUUCCGAGCAAGUUUCGCUCCUAUGAACAUUAUUUCUCGGUCUGGAAGCCUCUGGCGCUGGAGGAAGUGCAGGCUCAGACGAUCAAUGCAGUGACGACAGAUCAACCCAACCCCAUUCCUGUGACUAUCAAGGGCUUUGGAGCGACGUUUAUUUCCAAGAGCUGCAAGAUUCGAGUUGAUCCGAAGAAACAGAACAUCCCGGGGAUGCGACGCAAGAGUGGCUGGGAUCAUCUUAACGACGUGUUUAUGAAUGAUUUGGUGCUGAUUACAACCGACCAAGACUACUUUCGUAAGGCUCUGACGUCGUCUAAAGGCGUGAAGAUGGAAGCAAAUGGAGACGCGGCACAUGAGACGUCUCCGGUUGGUUUUUUGGCGAUUGUGGCGACCCAGAGAGCGUCCAAAGAGGGUUUGACGAUGACGAUAUUGAGAUCGGGAUUGGGGGUGUUGGAGAAGGAGGAACACGUCUUCCUCUUUAAGCUCAACAACCUUAUCACCAGCGUCCGUGAGUUCCGAGCACUGUGUGACUGCAGCCAUUACGGACUGUUGCCUUUGCUGCUGUCUGGAGAGCACAAACAAGGGACAAUGCAGCUUGACUCGCUGGGUCUGAAGUAUGUCCAGUGGCUCUCGAGAACGUUCAAUGACUCGCAGCGAGAAGCGAUCACUGCAGCAGCCACCUCGGAGGGGUUCACGCUGAUUAAGGGACCCCCAGGUACCGGCAAGACCACCACACUGAAAGGGCUGCUGAACUCGCUGCAUUUGCGCGAGUAUAACCGGUAUUAUAAUGCGGUAUUGGACGUGGCGCGUCGACCGGACAAUGAGACAGCUAAAGCCUGGGCCCACGUCGGCAAUGAAAAGCCUCACAUCUUAGUGACGGCGCCGUCGAAUGCAGCAGUCGACAAUAUUGUGAGCAAAGUGAUCGAGGAAGGAUUCUGUGAUGGAGAAGGACGACGAUAUUUCCCCAAAAUUGUGCGCGUCGGACGAGGAUUAAGUGCAAAUGUUCAAAGCGUUGGUCUGGAGAAUCAAGUCGACCAGAUCUGCAGCCAGCCACUGGAUGUUCUUGAAGGUCAUAUUGGGCGUCUGCGUCAUGAGCUGAUGGUGGUGGAGCGUGACUCGCUGAUGCUACGAGAUCAAUUACGGAGUAUUGUUGCGUGGAUCGAGCAUGACCCUGUUAAGGCGCUAGAGGAGAUUGCUCACGCUGAAGCACGACAGAACCAGGCUGCGGCUGAAGCUCAGGCUCGUCCAGCGCCGCCGCCAUUGGAGUUAGUGCCUUCUUCAUCUUCUGAACAGAAGCCGCUGUCACCCCCGCCGCCGCCUCCAGCAUAUCCCGACUCUCCCCCGCCGCCCCCGUCGCCUCCUGCUCCUGAUGCUCCGUCACUUGGAGGUGCAAGUACAAUACACAACACUAGCGAAGACGAAGAGUUUCCUGCUUCCUUUGGGGCUCCUCCACCAGCUUGGGACGAACAAGAAGGAUCUUUUAACGCAGAAGCUAGUGGGAAGGCUUUGAACGCGUUUUUGGACGACGGUAGCAACUCCGAAGAAGAUGAACCGCUGCCUGUCAAAACUGAAGAUCAGGAGGAGCAGGAUGAGCCCGAACCUAUUCAGAUCGACGACGAUGAUGAUGAUGAUGCGCCUGAACAGGACGAGCCGCUACCGGGUCAGGAACCUAAGACUGAAGUUCAGCCACCGGUGGAGCCCUUGUCAUUGACACUGAGACCUAUCCAGAACCACGAAGCUGGCAUCAGCUCGCCUCACGGUUCGUUGCCUUCAUCCCCACCACCACCGCCGCCUCCAUUGUCCCCACCACCGCCGCCACCUCCGCUGUCACCCCCUCCGCCGAACAAGCUGCCUGACGAUCGCCACUUCCCGUCAUCUCCGACGAUGAUGAUGCCUCAGUCUCCACGCUUUCCCCCACCGACAACACCUGAUGCAACAAAAGAGACGAAGGAUUGGGGUCCAAUCGACUAUUCGCGGUAUCAUCCAUAUGUGGCCAUGGCUCAGCGGAUCAAUGGAUGCUUGGAAAAACUCUCAGAGGUGAAGCUGGAGUUACAGCGCUACGAGUUCGCUCGACAAGCUGUGAGCGAGAUGAGAGGGAAACUGUCACAAUCCACACGACAAUCGCUUGAAGUGUCGUUCCUGGAUACAGCACACAUCGUGUUCACAACGCUGAGUAGCGCAGGUGUUGCUGCUCUGGAUGCAAGCGCUCGCUACGAUGUGCUGGUAGUGGACGAAGCAGCCCAAGCUGUCGAACUGUCCACAAUCAUCCCGAUGAAGUUCGGCAGCAAACAGUGCGUGCUGGUUGGCGACCCUCAGCAGCUCUCAGCGACUGUUUUCUCGCGCAACAGCGGCCAAUCUCUGUACGAGCGAAGCUUAUUCGAGCGCCUGGAAAGCUGUGAACAUCCUGUGCAUAUGCUACGAACCCAGUAUCGAAGCCACCCGAUGAUCUCGGAUUUCCCGAGGAAUUAUUUCUACGGCGGCAAGCUUCAAGAUGGCGACAAUGUCAAGGGCGACGAAUACGCCAAACCGUAUCACAAUCUUGGCCCUGCCUUCAUGCCGCUUGUGUUCUGGAAUCUACUCAGCAGUCGGGAGAAAGCAACGAAAUCAGUUUCACGCAUGAACGUUGGCGAGGCGGAGCUCGCCGUGAAUUUGUUCCUCACGCUGAAGAACUCUUGUCCUCCGAACGCCAUCUCCGGGAAGGUCGGGAUGAUUACUCCUUACAGUCAGCAGAUGGACGAGCUGAGGAAUCGAUUUCGCCAUGCACUGGGCGAGCGCUACGAGCAAGAAGUUGAGAUCAACACUGUCGAUGGCUUCCAAGGACGCGAGAAGGACAUUAUCAUUCUGUCCACGGUCCGAGCUGAUCCGAAAGCUGGAGUUGGUUUCCUGAAUGAUAUUCGACGUAUGAAUGUGGCGCUGACACGAGCGAAGUUUGCGUGCUACGUGAUCGGCAAGGAAAACACGCUGCGCUCUUCCAAGCCGUGGUCGGCUCUAUUGGACCACGCAUAUAAUCACCAUUGUAUCGUGCAUGUGGAAAGCCCCAAGUGCAACUUGCUCACGUUGAAGCCGAUGGAACGACCGUCUGAGACGUCAAGGAAUGCAGGAGCAUCAAGCAAUUCUCAUCACCAAGGACCGCAACAUCAUUAUGACCAGACGAUGCGUGCUGACCCUUAUGGCAAUGGUCGGAAAGGCAGAGGACGAGGGAAUGAAGGACGCGGAGGACGACGUGGAGGUCGAGGAGGUCGUGGACGUGGCAACAGAGGGCGAGGCCGAGGAGCGCCAGUGCAGCAGUACGCACCACAACAGCAAUUCAUGGCGGGCCCUGGACCGCAAUACUCGAAUCAAGUUGCACCAAGGGGGUAUGGACAGCCUCCCCCUAUGAACAUGCCAAUGCACGGACCAAGACCUGCAAUGAAUACACCGGCGUCAGGGUAUUAUCCUCCGCGUGGCCCAGUUCAGGCUUUUCAUCCCCCUCCGAUGCAUGGACCAGGUCCUUAUGCUGGAAAUCCACCUCCCAACUUCUCUCGACCAGCUACAAAUGUCGGCGGAAGAGGAAAUGUGAAUCCUCGAGAUCCUCGACAACGUACUGGGAGAGGAGCUAAUUCCUCAGGCUUUGGAGGCUGA